CAGAAUCAUUCAAUAUUGCUGUUUAGUGUUUAUUAUUAUUAACUUUACACAAUACACGGGUCUUUACUUUAUAUUUCGUAGUACCAAAUACAUUCAAAUUGUUUACGAAAUGGGGAAGGGUUUCAAUAAUUACAUGUGUAAAAAGUUCUUUCAUCCAGCGUCAAGAGAUAAUUUAAAACGAGUAUGGAUGGCAGAACAAAAAUCGGAUAAAGACAAAAAACGUCAAGAAGAAUUACGUUUACAAUAUGAAAAAGAACAAGAUCUUUACAACAACAAAGCAUUGUUAUCAAAAGAAAGUAAGGAUAAGUUGAGUGUAAAUUUUAUGUAUGAACCACCACCGGGUGCCAAAAAAGAAAGAGAACGUGAAGAUAAUGAGCCUGAAUAUAAAUUUGAGUGGCAAAGAAAAUUUAAUGCCCCCAGAGAAGAUUACUGUAAAGGAGAUCAAGAAAUUCGCGACCAGCCAUUUGGUAUUCAAGUAAGGAAUGUGAGAUGCAUAAAAUGCCACAAAUGGGGUCAUAUUAAUACUGACAAAGAAUGCACCUUGUUUAACCAAGCUAGUAUAUCUGAAGCUGUUACUAGUAAUGCAGCAACAAAUGGUUCUAGUGCUAAUAAAAAAACACAAGAAUUAAUAAAACAAAUGCGUGAAGAUGGUUUGGAAUUAAAAAAAAGUGCUGCUUCAACCCAACAACAAAUAUCAUUUAAUAACGGCGAUGAUAGCGAUACAGAGCUAUUUAUGUAUGUUCGAACAUUGAGUAGAAAGAAGAAAAUGAAAUUACUCAAACGCUUGGAUAGAAUGGACAAAAUCAUGAUGAAGGAACAAAGGUUGAUUUCAAAACAAGAAAAACUUUCUAAAAAAGAAAGAAAAAAGAAAAAAGAAAAAAGUGAUAGUUCUGAUUAAUUAAGUUGACAUUUUAUAAAUUGUUUUGUGUAUUUAAUGUGCAUAAAUAUAUGCAUUAUAAUACUAUAUUAAAGUACACAAUUAUUCUAAAAUAGUACAGAAUCUUUGURUUCAAAAUUA